AUGGGAGCGGCCAGCGAGGGGCCGGGGAUGGUGACACGCACAGGGCAUCCCCGGAUAAGCGCCGGGAGCACAGGGCACCGCCGCGUAAGGCCCGGGAGCGCGGGGCACUGCCGGGUAAGGGCCAGGAGCGUGGGGCAUCCCCGGGUGCCUACAAAAGUGGACGAGACAGAAAGCCUGAACAAAGGAAGCUGGCGCUUGUCUGCGGCCUGUGGCCUCUGA